UCCCGGCGAUGGUGACUGCCCAUCUCAUGGUGGCGGCGCUCUUUGUGUGGUGCCUCGCCAUCGGAGGCGUAGGCGGGUACGGCUCAAGCACUGGCACAGGUCGGAGGCGAAGCCACUGACACGACGCCAGCGCGUGGGUUGUCUGUUGGUUGACCUCUGCAUGCAGGUCAUGUGGUGCUGUUUGCCCAUCCUCUCACGACGGCUCACCACAGCGGCUCAGCAGGUGAGUGCGGCCUGCUGCAGGCCGAACAAACCAUGCAGCACCAGACAGGCAGACACUUCGGCGCCUCACUCGAGUGCACCGAAGAGCGCAUGCACGCACACACAGUGUUUGUUAUGGUGCGUUGGGGUGUGUGUGUGUGUGUGUGUUGGUGUGCGUGUGUGUAGGUGUAGGUGCCUACCGGCUGCGCGGCUCGUCGGGUACGCAGGCAGCGUCUUGCACACCACACCUCCCGAGCUGAGAGACUCCGUCAUGUCUGUCUGGGCUUACACACAGUCUCACACACACGCAUUCAUGUGUGCUGGUCUUCAGAUGGGUCUCACCGGCCGCUGCUGUUGGCGCCCUCCUCUUCACACACGGUGAGUGAGAGGGGAGAGGGGGGGAGAGGGGUGAGAGGGGGGCUCCUUUCCAUACUGUGUGUGUGUGUGUGUGUGUGUCUGUGUUUAGGCUCCGACGCUGGAGAGUGCGCUGUUUGCAGAGGGAGGCGGCGGAGAGUCGACAGGCAGCGGCAAUGACGCGCCCACACAAGAACAAGAACGUAAGGCCACGAACGACAAGCAGACGGCCCGGCCGCCUUGUCUACCGUCGUGUGUUCGUUUUUGUUUCCCAUCAGUCAGGGAACUCAUCCAGACACAGGGAGAGCUCAUCAAGGCCAAUAUGGAACUCAUCCAGGCGCAGGGACAGCUCAUCCAGGCACAGCAGGACGCCCUCGCCAGUAUUGUUGAAGAAAGCAGGAAGGGCUGGGAGGCCCACGACAAGAGGUGGCAGGACAUCGUCAAAUGAAACGAGAUGAACAUCAAGUACCUCCAGCGCUACAUCGACACUACACCGAAGACUCAGCCCUUUCAGUGAGACCCCGAUCCGGGUACGCACACAGACACCCAGUCAGCCCAAUCCAGACGUCUGGAUGGAUGGUCUUCCUUGUGUCCAUCCCCUCCUCCCUUUCCCUCCCCCUGUCGUCUAUUGGUCCAGGAGGUCGGGGCGGUCCUCACUUGCCCCCUGAUAGAUGUGUUCUAUCACCUAUGGGGCAGAUCACAGGCUGAUGUGCGUGCGGUUGUGGGACGGAAGUAUGAGUGGAUCUCGUCUAAUGUAGACAGCAAUCUGCCAUCCGCUCCUUCCCGUCC